AUGGCGAUUUUGGGGAUUUUACGGCAGUAUGAAGGGGUCUCGGGUCAACAGAUUAAUCUGGCAAAGUCUUCGAUACAAUUUGGUCACACGGUUGAUGCGGGAGUCCAGGCGGAAAUACAGGGAGUGCUAGGGAUCACGAAUCUGGGGGGAAUGGGUUCUUGUUUGAAUAUCCAUGAGAGUCUGGGAGGGUCAAAGACUAAGGUUUUCUCUUAUGUUAGAGAUCGUUUGCAAAGCCGAACGACGGGGUGGUCGGUGAGGUUACUUUCGAAAGGGGGGAAAGAGGUUAUGGUCAAGUCGGUCGCAACGGCGGUCCCGACCUUUGUGAUGUCUUGUUAUCGCCUCCCAAAGACAAUCACAUCUAAACUGACCAGUGCCGUGGCAAAUUUCUGGUGGAGUACAAAUGGCCAGUCCGGGGGUAUGCACUGGAUUGCAUGGGAACGGCUCUGUUGUAGCAAACAGUUAGGAGGUUUGGGUUUUAAGAGCGUUGAUGAUUUUAAUACGGCUCUGUUGGCUAAGCAAUUGUGGAGACUAUUAGAGUACCCAGACUUCCUAUUUGCCCGGGUUUUUAAAAGUAGAUAUUAUCGGAACUCAGAUCCUUUGGAUCCAAUACGAUCUUAUUCACCCUCGUACGGGUGGAGGAGCAUCGUUUCUGCUCGCUCUCUGGUGAACAAAGGCCUUAUUACACGGGUUGGCUCGGGGUCCUCCAUUUCUAUAUGGAGCGAUCCCUGGGUCCCAGCCCAAUUCCGGAGACCAGCCUUAAGUAACGGUCCUUUUAAGGACCCAAAUCUCCGGUUACCUCAUUUGAUUGAUCGUCGUACAAGAUCAUGGCAGAAGGAUCUGCUCACCCAACAUUUUGAUCCUUUGGAUGUUGCACUGAUUGAGGCUAUCCCUCUUGGUAGUGAUACCAAGGAUGAUUAUUUAGGGUGGCAUUUUACCAAAACAGGGAAAUACACAGUGAAAUUUGGAUAUGAGACGGCACGUAUGGAUAUCCAGGGUCCUUUUCGGGCCUUGGGUUCUGGGCCAGAAAUUAUCCCCCUUCUUGCAAGGGUUUGGAAGGUGCCUUGUCCACCGAAAUUACAACAUUUUCUGUGGCAAGUUUUAUCGGGCUGCAUAUCGAUAUCGACUAAUUUACGCCAUCGAGGGGUGAAUUGCGAUGUUGUUUGCAUGCGGUGCGGGUUUGAGGCGGAGGAUAUCAAUCAUGCUAUAUUUUUGUGUCCGCCGGCUCGACAGGUCUGGGCUUUGGCCAAUGUCCCUGUGGGACCUCAGCAUUUCCCGAUGGAGUCGAAUUUGGAUGAACGCCCGGAUGUGGUUGUCCGGGUGGCGGAGAGUGAGGCGGUUACUUGGCAGGAGGCUCAGGUGGAUAUUGAGGGCGACGAGGUCAUCUCCAUCCCUUCACGUCCGUCAUCGGGACCUCGUCUCGGUAUAUCACUCCCUCGGGAUUUUAUGGGCUAUCGAUGUUAUGUGGAUGGCUCCUGGAAGGAAACAGAUGUUUUUGCAGGUGCAGGAUGGUGCUGUAUCUUGUCACAAAACACGCCCCCGGUGCUUGGUGCGACCAAUUUCCGGCAAAGCUUAUCCCCGCUGCAUGCUGAGGUUGAAUCUUUCCUCUGGGCGAUACGCUGUAUGAUUGGCCACGACUUCCGGGAUGUGGUUUUCCUUACCGACUGCUCAGACUUGGUGAAGAUGGUGUCUUCUCCUACUGAUUUGCCAGCCUUUGCAACAUACCUCGACGACAUUCAGAUGGACAGGGAGGAGUUUUCUUCCUUCUCUUUGCUUUAUGUUCCACGCCAAGCUAAUGUACGCGCGGACUCUUUAGCACGCCAGAUGGGUUCAGAAUUGACUGAAGACAACAAUGAUUAUUUGGGUGAAGAGAUUGAAGGAGACGAUGGUCCACCAGUCUCGUCAGUUGGAGGGAAACGAACAAGACCAAGUUCCACUUUGCCUGUCAGAGCAAGAAAAAAUCCAGCUCACAGGUCAUUUGUGUGGCAACAUUUUGUUCAGAAGGAUCCGGAUGUUCCACUAAGCAACUGUCUCUAA